AUCAAAAUCGCAUUAUCAAAAAAUUUCGCCGAUUUCGAAAAAAAUUGAAAUUUUUAAAUUGUUGGUGCUUUAAUCAUGCACACAUUCACAUAGAAUUUUAAAUCCAUUUCCAACUCUUCAUCAUGACCGGAACGUUCUUCAGACUGCUGUACAGCAGAUCAUGCUCCAUAGCUUCCACCAAAGCAUACCAAAACACCUAUGCGAGGUACGUUUUCAACUACAAACUCUUCAAAUGCAAUUACAGCACAGUUGAUUCGCUUCCAAACUGCAAUGUGGGCACAAUCGGACACAUAGAUCACGGAAAGACAACGUUGACUGCAGCCAUUACGAGAUACGCUGCGAAAAAAGGCGGUGCCAAGUACGUUUCUUACGACCAGAUAGAUCAAGCACCUCAAGAAAAAGCUCGAGGUAUCACGAUAAACAUCUGCCAUGUCGGAUACAAAACAGACAAACGUCGUUAUUCUCAUACAGAUUGUCCAGGUCAUGCUGAUUUUGUCAAGAAUAUGAUAUCCGGAACUACGCAAAUGGAUGGUGUAAUCGUUGUCGUCGCUGCUACAGAUGGUGAAAUGCCACAAACUCGCGAGCAUUUACUACUCGCCAAACAAAUCGGCGUCAAGAAACUAGUUGUUUUUAUUAAUAAAGCAGAUUUGGUAGAUAAAGAUGUUCUCGAGCUGGUCGAAAUGGAGAUGAGAGACUUGAUCGCGAGCUACGGUUUUAACGAAUCCGAAACACCUGUCAUAAUAGGGUCAGCUUUGUUGGCAUUAGAGGAAGAUACUUCACCUUUCGGAGAACCAGCUAUUCAGCAGUUAUUGGAUGCUUUAGACACGCAUUUCGAAGUACCGGUUCGAGAUGUUACAUCUCCAUUUUAUAUGCCCAUAGAUAACUUUUUACCAGUCAGCGGACGAGGUACGGUUAUCGUUGGCACCAUCAAGCAAGGUAAAAUUCAGAAAAAAACGCCCGGCGUGAUUAUGGGUUUUGACGUAGAAAGGAAAACUGCCGUAAACGAUAUUCAAGUAUUUCAUCAAUCUGUCAACGAAGCCGUAGCAGGUGAUAACGUAGGAUUACUCGUGAAAGGUGUCAAGACCGGCGAUGUUCAAAGAGGGCAGGUUUUUUGCGCUGAAAGAAGCUUCAAACUAGCGAAUUUCUGCGAAGCUCAUCUAUAUUUACUAUCUGAAAAUGAAGGCGGUCGUGCGAGACCCAUCGCAGCUAAAUAUCUACAAAUGGCUUACAGUGAAACGUGGACUUCGUAUUGCAGAAUUGAUUUACCUAAAGAAAUUGAUAUGCUUAUGCCAGGGGAACAUGCCACCGUCACGGUGUUAUUCUUAUUUAAAAUGCCUUUUCUAGUAGGACAGAAAUUCACUAUACGAGAAAAUAACAAGCAAACUGUUGCUUCCGGUGUUAUUACACGAGUAAUCGGUGCUACGCCGAAAUUGAAAGGUCCAAAUAUGGCUACGAUGACUUUACCUGAAUUUAAAGUAGCACCGAAGUUCAAGUCGAGUAAUUAAUCCGUAAAUAAUUGGAAUGUUGCGUCAUCUGAGAAAUGUACAAGCUGAGCUGUGAACUCAGUACAUUUGAAUUCUCACCAACGUACACGAUAUGUACCAUCAUUUUAUUAAGAAUUGAAAGAAGUUGUACGUUGUAUAAUCAAUUUCGUUGUCAGGAUGUAAUAUCAUUGUAUUUUAAAUUUUAUAUCAUGUAAUUCGAAUAAAUUUGUUGUUACGAUGUUA